AUGUCAGGCGCUUCGGCGUCGACUCGCGAGUACCAUGCCAAUCCAACCUGGAGGUCCAAGAAGGAAGCGCAGCAGGUCGACUAUCCUUCUCAAGAAGCUUUCCAGUCGGUGAUGAACCGCAUCGAGCGUCUACCGGGCUUAGUCUCCCCCAACGAAAUUGAUCGACUUCGAACGCAGCUCGCUUCUGUGGCUGAAGGCAAUGCUUUCCUCCUCCAGACUGGUGACUGCGCCGAGCUCUUCGACUACUGCGAUCCGGAGCAGAUCCAGGCUAAACUCAAGCUUUCCUUGCUCAUGAGUCUUAUCCUCAUCUGGGGUGCCCGCAAGCCUGUCGUUCGAAUCGGUCGUAUUGCGGGCCAAUACGCAAAGCCACGAUCCAAACCGACCGAGAUCGUCACAAAGAUCGACCCUGUAACAGGUCAGGCUUCCCAACACGAGAUCAUGUCUUUCCGUGGCGACAAUAUCAAUGCCUUCAGUGCAGAGCCUGCGAGCGGUCGUAUCCCAGAUCCAGAGCGCUUGCUUCAGGCCUACUUUCACUCUGCUGCCACUCUCAAUCAUAUCCGUUCCGAGUUGGCCAGUGGCCUUGCGGACCUUCACGCCCCCCGCCAGUGGUCCUUCCAGCACGUCCAGUCCAGCGCGCUUCAGGCAGAGUUCGAAUCUGUCGUCGAUUCUCUCACAGAUGCACUGGACUUCAUGAGGACCAUCGGCGCCGAUCCCAGCACCUUCUCCUCGAGCAGCGUGCUCAACUCAGUCGACUACUUUAUCAGCCAUGAAGGUCUCUCACUCGGUUACGAAGAAGCUCUCACCCGCUUGGUCCGAAAGCCAACACCGGCCAACCCGCACUCUGCGCGCAAUGUGCAUCCUUCCGACUUGGCAAAUGGCGCUCCCACUGGCGACUCCUUUGACAGGUACGAUUUGUCGGCCCAUACCAUCUGGCUCGGCGACAGGACACGACAGUUGGACGGCGCGCACGUCGACUUCUUCUCAUCCAUUCGCAAUCCUGUCGGUGUCAAGGUUGGUCCCUCCAUGAAGCCUUCAGAACUCAUUCAGAUCCUCGACAUUCUCAAUCCGGACGUUCCGAUCCCAGCAGCUGCUUCCUCCGCACGCACCAGCGGCUGGUCCACACCGAGCGGAACUACUCCCAACAUCGUGUACGGCAAGGAGAAAGGCCGUGUCAUGGUCAUCAUUCGUCUUGGCGCUGCCAAGGUUACCUCGCAUCUUCCUCCCCUUCUCGAAGCUAUUGCUGCCAGCAAUCACAAGGACUCAAUCAUCCUUCUCUGUGAUCCCAUGCACGGCAACACCCAGACCAGCCCUUACCCACCUGCAUCCUCCGAUCCCAACGCACAGCCGCUCAAGACGCGCUCGUUCGGCGACAUCAUUUCCGAGAUCCUCUCGUUCCUCGAAAUCAUCUCUUCCGACUUCCCCACUCUGCACCUCGGUGGUGUUCACCUCGAGCUGACCGGCGACAAGGACGUCACCGAAUGCUUUGGUGGCUCGAUGCGACUGGAACCCAAGGAUCUCGAGAGAGGCUACAAGAGUCACUGCGAUCCAAGACUCAACUUUGAGCAGUCGCUCGACGUCGCUUUCCUCCUCUCGCACUACUUCCGCAACCAGCGUCUCGGUAACAAGAAACAAGGAGCAGCCAGGACCGAAGACGAGAUCAAAAAGCAACAGGCCAUCAUCGCAUCCGGGUCAGGCGACGAACUUCUGGCAGAGCUCAUCUGUGGGAUCACCAACCGUCCGCAGAAUUUGUGA